AUGACAGAUGAUGAUUUUGAAACAGAGUAAAACUUACUAGGAACGAUUUUGUCAAGUAAAUUACUCUAAUAUAUGUUAGCAACUGAUGAAGUCGAGCAUUAGGAUCAGAAGAAGUAAAAUGCAAGUGUUGAUUACAAUUAAACCUAGACUUAAACAAAAUUCUAAUUCUAAUAUUAGUUUUAAACCACAGAUUCUUUCAGCAAAUCCUUUGAACAAAUAAGUUUAGGUUCAGAUCAAUUAUGCAGCCCUAUUUCUCCUGAUGGAAAAUUGUAAUAUAAAAAUCAAGGGGCUUGCACUUCAUUCAGUUCAGAUAAUCAAACUAGCUUAGAAAAUUCAAUGAUUUUUGGAAAUGCUCGUGGCUUUGAUUACUUCUAAAAAUAACCUGAAUAAUUUUCACCCAUUUUCUACAGUUAAACCAAUCCAAUCAGGCCUUCAUAUCAAAAACCAAGUCAAAAUUUAGAGAUAUAAUUAGAUAUUGAUAUUGUAAGAUUUGAUGUUUUAUCAAUUUUUAUAGGAGAAUAUGUGUGGUAAUCAAGUGCUCUCUAGAAAGGUGCAGAAGAUUUUUGAGACAGGAACACCCAAUUAAAAGCAAUAAAUAUUUUGGAAAGUGCAAGCGAAUUGUUAAGAAUUCUCAAAAGAUGUCUUUGGAAAUUACUUAAUUUAGAAGAUACUUGAAAAAGGUAUAACCCAAUAUAAUAUCAUUUUAGGAUCUUAAGUAUAUUAAAUUUUGAUCUUUAAAUAAUUAUUGCCUUAUGUAUUAGAAUUAUCUAAAAAUAAUUUUGGUUGCAGAGUGAUAUAGAAACUUAUAGAAAUCAUCUCCAAAAAUGAUCAACUAAUAAAUCUAUUCAUUGAAGAAAUAAAACAAAAUGUUUAAUCACUUUUAAUAGAUUAAAAUGGCAAAUAUGUAAUUUUAAAAUGUCUGGAAAGCCUUCAAAUAGAUGAAGUCAAAUUUAUUCUAAAACCAACAGAGGAAUUAUGUAAUCAUAUGUGUGAUUCUUAAUAUGGAUGUAAAAUAAUCUAAAAAUUAAUUGAAAACUAUCCAACUUAAGUGGAUAAUUUGAUAUAAAUUUGUAUAUCUAAUUAAGACCUCCUCUAUAAAUCUUAAUCUGGAAAUUACAUCAUUUAAUAUGCCAUUAAAUAGCCGAAAAAUCUAGAAGUUAUAGCAAAUUACAUUGUAAAUCACUUAGAAUAUUUAUGUUUUAAUAAAUAUGCAAGCAAUACAGUGGAAGCCAUCCUUGAAUAUUUAACUCCAAAACUUAAGAAUGAUUUAAUUUAAAUUUUGAUCAAACUUUCAGAUUAAAAUAGAAUGUAAUUUAAAAUGUAUAAUCUUAGGUUCAUUUUUAUAAAUAUAGCAACUAAUCCUUUUGGAAAUUAUGUUAUAAAGAGGUUAUUAUAUACGUUUGAACUAGAACACACGCAAUAACUGUUAAAUCUAAUAAAAUAGAAUUUAAAUUUGCUACAAUACAUUAGGCAAUCAGAAUUUGGAUAAAGAAUCUAUACAAUAUUGACAACAUAGUUAAAUGAUUAAAAUUGA